AUCAUCUUCUUCUGUUUCUCCCUCUGCUCCUCAACCUCAGAACUCUCUCUCUCCUCUCUCCAUAAAAGCUCAAGUUUCCUUCCACAAAUUCUCUGUACCUCUCCCUCUCUCUCUCUCUCUCUCUCUCUCUCUCUCUCUCUCUCUCCUGAUUUCGUAGUACUCGAGAAGCUGUAUCAGAGUAAGAGUGAGGGAAGGUUGUCCCCAGGUACACGUGGCACGUGGCCUUCAUGGGCUGCAACGCCUCCAAGCUCGACGACCUCCCAGCCGUGGCCCUCUGCCGGGACCGUUGCACCUUCCUCGCCGACGCAAUUCACCACCGCUCCGUCCUCGCCAACGCCCAUGUUGCCUACUUGCAAUCGCUCCGGCGAGUGGGCCCCGCUCUCCGCCGCCUCUUCGAUCAACCCUGCGAUCACUCUCCUCCCCAAUCCAACGGCGAUCCUCCACCGCCUCCUCCUCCGGCCGCCGCUCCCGGUCAUUCCCACCGUAUCCACUCCAGUUCUGAUUCCGAAUCCUCACACCAUUCGACUUCUUCUUCCCCAUUGCACACCCAAAUUCAGAACGACUUUGUCAGUGACGAAACCCUAAAUUAUUCAAAGAAUCAGCCGUUGCCCUCAGCGACUUAUUCAUAUCCCAAUUACUUCGAUUACUCCUCCCAAAACGGCGGAUUUGAUGGUUCAUUUGCCUCUUCCAUCGUGCCGCGGCCGGUGGGUUCUAAAUCGCCUCCGCCGCCUCCGGCUCCGACCGUCCACUCGCCUUGGGACUUCUUGAAUCUCUUCGAGUCGUACGACAGGUACGAACUUGCUUAUCCUUCUAAUCGGAGCUCGAAGGAAGGAGCGCAAGAGGAGGAAGCGGUUGCGAACUCGACAGAAACGCAACGGAGUCGGCGGGGCGAAUCGGUAGCGGUGGAGGAGGAUGUUGAUCGUGAGCCAGAGAUUGAGGUUCCGGUGGUGGACAAGAAUGUAAUUACAGAUAAAGAGGAGUCUAAAGAAGGGAAAGUGAGCAAUUCCGCUGCUCCUCCGAGCGUUUCCGAUGUUAAAAAAGAAAUAGAGAUUCUCUUGCUGAGAGCUUCAGAGUGUGGCGAUGAGGUUUCCAAGAUGCUCGAGGUGGGCAAACUGCUUUAUCCUCAGAAGAAUGCAGUUUCUCAAGUGUCUUCCAAGAUGCUGCAAGCAAUUUAUCCAUCUUCACCCUCCAUUGAGAAGAUUGGAUCUAUUAAUCUGAAUUUUGAUGAUGAAGCUGCGGGGAUGAGUUCUCGAAAUCUAUCUUCUACCAUGAGGAAGCUGUACGUGUGGGAGAAGAAACUCUAUGAUGAAGUGAAGGGGGAGGAAAAAUUGCGGAUGAUUCAUGAGAAGAAGUGCAAGCAGCUUAAAGUUAUGGAUGAGAAGGGGGCUGAUGCUCAUAAAGUUGAAUCCACUCAAACUUUAAUCAUGACUUUAUCUACGAAAAUUAGAAUCGCAAUUCAGGUUGCUGACAAGAUAUCGAUUACUAUAAACAAGUUGAGGGACGAAGAAUUGCGGCCACAGAUUAAGGAAUUAAUUCAUGGGUUAAUUGGAAUGUGGAAGAGCAUGCUAGAAUGUCACAGGAGCCUGUGCCAAGCGGCUGCAGAAGCUAAAAUAUUAAAUUCUAUAGCAUCCAAGGGAAAGCUUAGUGAUGAUUCUCUUGAAGCUGUAAUGCAGCUGAAGUUGGAGCUUCAAAACUGGAAUCUAAGCUUCUCCAAUUGGACGGACUCCCAAAAAGGAUAUAUUAAAUCCUUGAAUGGUUGGCUUCUUAGAUGUUUUUUUUACGGACCAGAACAAACACCCGAUGGAUUGGCCUCCUCUCCCAGCAGCAUCGAUGCUCCUCCUGUGUUUGUGAUUUGUAGUCAGUGGUUGCAAGUUCUGGAACGGCUAUUACAGAAUGAAGUGACUGAAGCCAUGCAGGUUUUCUUUGUCAGAUUGAAUGAGCUCUUUGAACAGCAUAAUGUUGAUAUGCACCAAAGGAUGAUGGCUGACAAGGAUAUGGAGAGAAGAGUGAAGAGCUUAGAGAGAGAGGAGCAAAAGAUUCAGAAGUUGAUUCAAGCCCGGGAUAAGAAAAUGGGUUUAGCAGCCACGGGAAGUAGUGCCAUUUUUCUCGGAACACUUGUACAUCCAACUGACAGUUCAGAUGUUUAUGGUCUUCACUCUGGCUUGAAGCAGAUUUUUGAAGUUAUGGAGAGGUUCAUGGACAAUUCUGCGCAGGCUUAUGAGGAACUUUGUCUUCAAAUCAAUAACAUGUGAUUCACUUCAGAGAACCCAAAAGUUCCAUAGUUUUGGACCCUUUGUCUUGACUUCCUGUGUCAUUCUCAGGAUCUGUUCUUUCCCCUCCUCCACCGCAGUUUAUUUCUUCUACUCAUCUUUCCCUGGGGUUGAUUGUUCUUCUUAAGCAACCUCCCAGUAGUUCAUCUGGAGAUAUUUUUCAAUAACAUCAGACCCGGUUGCUUCUUUAUUCUUGGUUUAUUUUAAUGGGCUCAUUGGGGCUGGCCGAUCGACUAAUUCCAGUUUACUUGAGAUGGUUUGGAAGUGGAUGACAAACUUGACCCGCAUUAGGCACAAUCCCUUUGUAGUUGGAGAGGGUGAACCAUUGAUGUGUAACCACUCGGUACUUCUAUACUGGAAGUGUUAUAACCAAAUCCUGCAUUGGAAGAAUUCCUGUGGUUUUGCUGAGUUGCCAAUGCUGGUGGCAAGAGUAGAAUUCCCACUGGUUUUAUAUCUGUUGAUGCCUGUAGCACUUCUGGAAGGUCAUAUCAGGUGAUACUGAAAGAAAGCAAGAUGUCAUAAGAUAAGCAAAAAUCUAAUGUGAGUCCUUCGAAUACUUUCCAGAUGACUUGUUUUCCUAAUAUUUGGUUUUUUUUUUUAACUCUCCCCAGGUAUGAUGCUGGUGGGAUUUCAAAGUUCUCCAGCAGAUUGCACCAGUGAAUUGGGUGUAUCGGCAAUGAGGUCUCAAUAGUGCAAGCCCUACAUGUUGCUGAUUUUUGCAUCAUUUGCCACUCAUGGGGUAAUCAUCAGAUGAGCUCGCAGCCACCCGUUUGAUUUUGAUCUGGUUACCAUCAACCCAAUCUGAAGAAGUCUCACCUGACUUGAACUUCAUUUGGAUUUGGAUUUGUGAAUGAUAUGAUUUAGAAUGACUCUUGUAUUCAUCAUGAUGUUACAUUUUUUUUUUUUCCUAGAGGAGAAGUCAGUCACAGGUGGAGAAGGGAGAUUUCCUAAUCAAACUGGGGGAAAUUUGGUUCUGUUGCCCAGCACUCGUCUUCAUGGAUUUGGUCAUUUGUGAAAGCCCCCUCUAAUCUGUUUACUUAUCUGUAGAGUAAUAUCAGGUUUCUAUUGAAAAACACUCUCUAACCCAUUUAGUGUUACAUAGCUUUCCGAUUA